CACAUAAGUAGGUAUAGUAUUAUCAUACAUUUACUUCUAUUCCCAGAUGGCGUUGAAAUUCAUUUCCACUAUAUUCCUCCUAAUAUUCAUAAUUCCAAGAAGCAAAACCUUAGCAUGCUACACAUCCAUCUUUGCAUUUGGUGACUCUCUUACAGAUGCGGGCAAUAGGAUUUUCUUCUCCCAUGACCUUUCCAACCUGAACGUGGCCAAUCCUCCUUAUGGAGAAACCUUCUUUCAUUAUCCCAACGGUCGCUUUUGCGAUGGUCGUAUCAUAAUUGAUUUUAUAGCGGAGCAUUAUGGAGUGGCGUUUAUGCCUCCAUCAGCUAGUGUUGCCGGAAACGGGUCAAGUAUUGAAGGAGGUGUGAAUUUCGCGGUUGGCGGAGCUGCUGCGGUGGACUCGGCGUUCUAUGAAUCAAGAGGAAUAAUUAAUCCCUUUACAAACGCCUCCCUCAACGUCCAAAUGAUAUGGUUCAAAGAUGUUUUGCCAUUGUUCUGUGACACACCCUCAGAAUGUAGGAAAAAAUUUAAAAACUCCCUCUUUGUAGUGGGGCCUUUUGGAAGUAAUGACUAUCGCCAUGCACUUACCUUUGAAAAAGACAUCGAAGAGAUAAGAACAUACAUUCCUAUGGUUAUUGAUACCAUCACAGCAGCAAUAAAUGAUUUGAUUAAACUUGGUGCAACGACAAUCAUGGUACCUAGCUUAUCUCCAGAUGGUUGUCUUCCCGUCAUUCUCACAGAUUUUGGAAGUGCCAACACUUCAGAUUAUGAUCCUGAUACUGGUUGCCUUUCUUGGUUAAAUGAAUUGAACGAGUUCCACAAUCAACGUCUUCAGAAACGACUCCACAUCAUCCGUCGUCUUAAUCCUGACGUUGUCAUUAUCUAUGCUGAUUUUUACAAUGCUGUCAUGAAACUUUAUCGUAAUCCUGGGAAAUAUGGAUUCUUGCACUCCCUUGAGGCUUGUUGUGGAGCAGGAGGGGCGUAUAGAUACAAUGACGACGUAAAAUGUGGUAAUAUAAAAUUAAAAAAUAGUUGUCCUGAUCCAUGGCAUUAUAUUGAUUGGGACGGAAAUCACAUGACAGAAAAAGCAAAUAGAUUGGUUACCAUGACUUUACUAGAUGGAACUUAUACGAGUCCGUCAAUGAAUACCUUAUGUGCUUCUUCUCCCAAAUUCACCUAUUAUGAUUAAGAAUAUUUUGUAAUUCAUUGGUCAUCCUAAUAAAAUUUGAGGAAUGUGGUCCCCCAAAAAAA